UUUGGUGGAUGUUGAAGGCAUUCCGUUAUAAAUUGGGUGACAGUUGAGAUUUUUUCUAAAUAUAUGCACACUUAAAUAUGUGUAAAAAUAAAAUUUGCAGUCCAUAUUCUUCAAUAUAGAUAGAGCUUCUGAAAAGCAAUGCUGUCGCGCAUCUUUCUCUUCAUUAGCUGGACAUUUCUAUUUAUGAACUUUCAUCAACUCUUCAACAACAAGAAGAAGACUAGAGAUAAAACUUCUUAACAUUUUAAUUGUGUAAAUCUAAUCAGAAUUUUAUUUUCAGAAAACAAUAGUCUAUUAUUGGCUUCAGUACUGGAAUCCUGAAGACUCUUCUUCAUGGCAGACAAUGUCAAAUACGAUGAGGAGUUCAUUUUGAAUUCUCGAGGCCUGAAGCUUUUCACAUGCAGAUGGCUUCCGGCGAGUCAAAAACCGAAAGCUCUGGUCUUCAUUUGCCAUGGUUAUGCCAUGGAAUGCAGCAUCACUAUGCAAAGUACUGCAAUGCAACUUGUAAAGGCGGGAUUUGCAGUGUAUGGGAUUGAUUAUGAAGGCCACGGAAAAUCAAGUGGUCGGCAAGGCUACGUCCAUAACUUUAAUAAUCUCAUUGAAGACUGUUUUAAACAUUUUACAGAAAUAUGUGAGAGGGAAGAGAAUAGAGGGAAAAUGAGAUUUUUGUUAGGGGAGUCAAUGGGAGGAGCCAUGGCUCUUCUCUUACACAGAAAGAAACCAGACUUUUGGAAUGGUGCAGUCCUGGUUGCCCCCAUGUGCAAAAUUGCAGAUAAAAUGAAGCCACAUCCUUUGAUAAUCUCUAUUUUAAUUAUGGUUUGCAAGUUGAUUCCGCAAUGGAAGAUUAACCAAAAUAAAGAUAUUAUCAAUAUUGCUUUUAAAGAGCCUCAAGUAAGACAGCAGGUUAGAGAAAAUAAAUAUUGCUACAAAGGGCCCCUUUUCCUGAAAACUGCCUACGAAUUUCUGAGAGUUAGCACUGAUCUUGAGAAGAGACUGCAAGAGGUGACACUACCGUUUCUGGUUCUCCACGGCGAAGACGAUAGGGUGACUGAUAAAAAUGUGAGCGACCAACUGCACAAAGUUGCUUCAAGCAAAGACAAGACCCUGAAGCUGUACUCAGGAAUGUGGCACGGUUUGCUCUAUGGAGAGCCACAGAGGAACAUUGACAUUGUAUUCAAAGACAUUAUCAGCUGGUUAGACAAAAGAUGUUCCAUAGCAAAUUCAAGAAUGUAGAAGAGAUUAUUAUUAGCCCUUUAUUCUGAAACGACCGUAGUGAUUUUAGUUUCAAGUAUGAUUCUUAUUUGGUGGUUCUUAUAACAAUUUCAUACCAACUUUAAGAUGUGAGUGCUGCGACAGAACACGUAUUCGAUUGAAUGCGGCGUCAAAUUUGAAC